GUUCUACUACAUCACCCUGCUGCGAGACCCCGUGUCCCGCUACCUGAGCGAGUGGCGGCACGUGCAGCGGGGGGCCACAUGGAAGACGUCGCUGCACAUGUGCGACGGGCGCACGCCCACGCCCGAGGAGCUGCCACCCUGCUACGAGGGCACGGACUGGUCGGGCUGCACCCUGCAGGAGUUCAUGGACUGCCCGUACAACCUGGCCAACAACCGGCAGGUGCGCAUGCUGGCCGACCUGAGCCUGGUGGGCUGCUACAACCUGUCCUUCAUCCCCGAGGCCAAGCGGGCCCAGCUGCUGCUGGAGAGCGCCAAGAAGAACCUGCGGGGCAUGGCCUUCUUCGGCCUGACCGAGUUCCAGCGCAAGACGCAGUACCUGUUCGAGCGGACGUUCAACCUCAAGUUCAUCCGGCCCUUCAUGCAGUACAACAGCACGCGGGCGGGCGGCGUGGAGGUGGACGAGGACACCAUCCGGCGCAUCGAGGAGCUCAACGACCUCGACAUGCAGCUCUACGACUACGCCAAGGACCUCUUCCAGCAGCGCUACCAGUACAAGCGGCAGCUGGAGCGCAGGGAGCAGCGCCUCAAGAGCCGCGAGGAGCGCCUGCUGCACCGCGCCAAGGAGGCGCUGCCGCGGGAGGACGCGGAGGAGCCGGGCCGCGUGCCCACCGAGGACUACAUGAGCCACAUCAUCGAGAAGUGGUAGUGACGGCAGCCGCGUAGGGGCCUCUCAGGGCUGGGUGAGAUCAGACAGACACCAACACACAAGCAGGCUGCGCGAGACUGUUGUGGGAGGAGAGUCCCAAACCUGCUCCGCGGAAGCAAACAGAGCGGGGAAGUGGUGGGGCCGGGCGCGGGCGGCUCCUGCUCUUUCUCCCAGGCCAGGGGUCAGAGGAAAGCCUACUUGAAGGAUGUCCUGGGCAUGGCGGGGCCUCUGGGCAGGUGACCUUCCUGCUCCCCCGGCCCCCAUGUCACUGUCACUGCAGCCCAAGGUUUGAAGAAGAGACAAACGAUGGAGAGUGGACCUGAUGGGCCAGGAGCACCUCACACCAGCUAUGCACACACCCGCAGCCCCUCUGUCCAGGCCAGCAGGAGUUAGAGACCAGCUCUAAGCCCCUUCCCCAGCUCCAGCCCCUCAACCCUGGUGACCCUAGUGCCCCUGGGCCUGGGAGGCCCCCUCUCCUGAGAACUCAAGCAGCCCUUGGAGGCAUCCUCAGGACUGGAGCUCCUGGCUCACCAUCUGUAGCUGCUUCGAGAUCAGGGCCCACCAUAUCUGAGGCAGAGAAGACUCAAGUCCAGCCCCUGGGAAGCUCACUCCCCUCUCUGGCCCACAGCCAAAACCCACAGUACAUCCAGCUUCACGCUCUGUGUCAGGAGACCAAAGCAGACCUCCUGGGACCCCCGCCCCAUGGCCGGGAGGAGAGGGCCCCAACUGCACUGCCCGCCUUCCUAGGGCAGAGUGCGUCCCAGGAGUGGAAAAGCUGUGGCCAGGGCUGCUGCCACCUGUUCCAGAGCCCUUCCCCCACCUGGCCUUUGGGGUGACCACCCAGGCAGACCAGGCUCAGACAGGAAGGGGCGGGGACCCAGAACUACCCAUGUCCCAUUCUCUCUGAUUCUCUGUGAUUUGUUCGCAGGCUGUCCCCAGCCCAAGCCCCAUCACUGGCACAUUUAUCAAGGGCUCAUAUACCACUGCUCCCACCACCCCAUGUUUAAAGUACAAUCAUGCUUCCAGGGGCUGGAACAUGGACCACAGCUGCUGCCCAUGAGCCAGGCCCUGGGGUGUCUCACAGGUGGUUCUGGGUGGCCAGGAAGGGGACGUAGGCUUCCAGGUUCUCAGCUAGGGCUGGAAGAAACAGUUCUAGGUGGCCUCCUGCUACCCAGAUACUCAGCCCCUCCCCCCCGAAGUCUGGUCAGCCCUGUCCCCAGCAGACCCACAGGCUGGCCAGUGGCCCCAUUAAAAGCCAUGAUGCAUAUUUGUUGUAAGCUCUUGCCCUGUGCCUACACCGAAGGUCACAGACACCCUGGCCUCUCGAGAGAGUAACUGCAUGUGCCCAGGGGCUGCAGGCUGACUCGGAAGUAGGGCAGCGGGCUUUGCAGGCCCCCAGCGAGGGGCUGGCAAGGGCACCAGCUUCGUGGGGCAGAGCCCGCCAGGGGCCUCAUCCCUGCCCCAGGCUUCACUCAGCCACCCCAGCUGUCCCACAUGGAGUGAGGGGAAGGUCACCAGACACAUAGGAGUGAGAGACCUCCCGUAGCACAGGGAAAGCUGGCGUGCCAUCAGACAAGGUUCCUACCCAGGAGGGAGCAGCUCUCACCCUACUUGUCUGGCAUGAGCACACCCCAGGCUUUCUACACUGGCCAGUUUGCGUUAGGAUCCAAAGGCAGGGUGGUCGGCAGGCCAGCGUGGGCACCGUACCAGCCCAGCCGAGGCCACCUCCUGGGUGGUACAUCACACUGAGGAGGCAGU